AUGUCGGCAGGCAUGAGUGGUCGGCGUUUGAUGAAGGAGCUGGGUAAAAUUCACAACGAUGGGCUUCCUCCCGGGAUUGAGCUGGUCUCGUCUGGGGAGAGUGAAGCCGACAACAGCGACUGGCUGCUCGACAUCCGCGUCCUGGACGACAAUCCCUUAUACAAAGACCAAGUCUACCGGCUGCGAUUCAGAUUCCCGAAAGCAUAUCCGAUAGAACCACCCGAAGUGACGUUCGAAAACCGCCCCGACCGACCGAUCCCCAUGCACCCUCACGUCUACUCAAAUGGCAUCAUUUGCCUCGAUCUCCUUGGCAGCCAAGGCUGGAGCCCCGUGCAAAGUGCGCAAAGCGUCUGCAUGAGCAUCCAGAGCAUGUUGACCAGCAACAACAAGAACGAGCGCCCCGAAGGCGAUGAGCAAUUCGUCAAGAUGAACAAAUCGAGACCGAGGGAUAUCCAAUUCUUGUAUGAUGAUAACACUGUUUGA